GAAAAACGUAGCUGCUAAGGUGCAAUUUUCGAGCAGGGUACGGAUGAAGUUCAAUCCGCAUUCAAAUUUGCAAUGUUCAACCACAACCAGAACACUACGGGUCGUCGGUUCGAACUGCAAGCCUUUGUUGACGUGAUAAAUACUGCUGAUGCCUUCAAGCUCUCUCGCCUCAUUUGCAGUCAGUUCAGCAGGGGUGUUUUCUCUAUGCUGGGGGCAGUCAGUCCGGAUUCCUUUGACACGCUUCACUCGUACAGCAACACGUUUCAAAUGCCUUUUGUCACGCCAUGGUUUCCUGAAAAGGUGCUCACUCCCUCCUCUGGUUUCCUGGACUUUGCGAUAAGCAUGCGACCGGAUUACCAUCGCGCUAUCAUCGACACCGUACGAUAUUACGGCUGGAAGAAAAUCAUCUACCUCUAUGACUCCCAUGACGGUCUUUUACGAUUACAACAGAUUUAUCAAGGUCUCAGACCCGGAAAUGAAUCCUUUCAAGUGGAAACUGUCAAGAGGAUACAAAACAUGUCAGAAGCUAUCGACUUCUUACGUAGCCUUGAAGAACUCAGUAGGUGGAGCAACAAAUAUGUUGUCCUGGACUGUCCCACGGAUAUGGCCAAAGAUAUUGUCGUCAGUCACGUAAGGGACAUCGCACUGGGAAAAAGAACGUAUCACUAUCUUCUAAGCGGAUUGAUAAUGGACGACCGCUGGGAGAGUGAAGUGAUCGAGUACGGUGCCAUCAACAUCACGGGCUUUCGCAUUGUGGACGGCACUCGACGCCAUGUCAAGGAGUUUCUCGACGGCUGGCGCCGCCUCGACCCUGUUAGCUCACCAGGCGCCGGUCGCGAAUCUAUUUCCGCUCAGGCGGCUCUGAUGUACGACGCGGUCUUCGUCCUGGUGGAGGCGUUCAAUAAGUUCCAGAAGAAGAAAGCCGACCGGAAUAACGUGAGGAGAACGGGAAUUCCAGGCAGUAGCCAGCCAGCUAACGGUACUCGAUCUUUGGAUUGCAACACCAGCAGGGGUUGGGUAACCCCGUGGGAACACGGCGACAAGAUUUCAAAGUUUUUAAGAAAGGUCGAGCUCGAAGGCCUCACUGGAGAGAUACGUUUUAAUGACGAUGGCAGACGGCAAAAUUAUACAUUACAUGUGGUCGAGAUGACUGUUAAUAGUGCUAUGGUUAAGGUGGCUGAGUGGACUGACGAGACAGGUUUUCAGGCCAUCGCUGCAAAAUAUGUACGCCUGCGACCGCAGACCGAUAUCGAGAAAAAUAGAACUUAUAUCGUCACCACUAUAGUGGAAGAACCGUACAUCAUGAUGAGAAAAUCAGAACCUGGGGAGAUUCUCACAGGAAACGAUCGAUUCGAGGGUUAUUGCAAGGAUUUGGCAGACCUGAUUGCCAAAAAAUUGGGUAUCACUUAUGAAUUGCGAAUCGUGAAGGACAAGAAAUACGGAACGGAAAAUCCAGAUAUACCAGGAGGUUGGGAUGGCAUGGUCGGAGAACUCAUUAGGAAGGAAGCUGAUAUAGCCAUCGCUCCUAUGACAAUCACUUCUGAACGUGAACGCGUCAUCGACUUCAGUAAACCCUUUAUGUCCCUGGGAAUCAGUAUAAUGAUCAAGAAGCCAGUAAAACAGAAACCGGGAGUGUUUAGCUUUCUUAACCCUUUGAGUAAAGAGAUUUGGGUCUGUGUGAUAUUUUCAUACAUAGGUGUCUCCAUUGUUCUCUUCAUCGUAUCUAGAUUUUCUCCAUACGAGUGGAGAGUCUUGCAGAUCAGCGGUGGGACCGAUCCAGCCAUGGUUGCCAGGGGUGAUCCGAGUAUGCAGCAUCCGCAUGGACCUCAUGGCUCACCCCGUACGUCCCAUUCGAGUAUGGCGAACGAUUUCAGUAUACUGAACAGUCUCUGGUUCUCUCUGGGAGCAUUUAUGCAACAGGGAUGCGACAUCUCACCAAGAUCAAUUUCCGGUCGCAUAGUAGGCAGCGUUUGGUGGUUCUUCACGCUCAUUCUAAUAUCAUCCUACACUGCCAAUCUCGCGGCGUUUCUCACUGUUGAAAGAAUGGUGGCACCUAUCAAUUCACCAGAGGAUUUGGCUUCGCAAACUGAAGUACAAUACGGUACUCUUUAUCAUGGAUCAACAUGGGAUUUCUUUAGAAAGUCACAGAUCUCCCUCUAUAGCAAGAUGUGGGAAUUCAUGAAUUCCAGACAGAAUAUGUUUGUACGUUCGUACGACGAAGGAAUAAGACGCGUGAGGAUGAGCAAAGGAAAGUACGCUUUGCUCAUUGAGAGUCCAAAAAAUGAAUAUAUAAAUGAGAGAGAGCCAUGCGACACGAUGAAAGUCGGGAGACACUUGGAUGCGAAGGGCUUUGGGGUGGCGACCCCACUUGGCUCGCCUCUCAAGGACAGCAUCAAUCUGGCAGUAUUGUCGUUAAAGGAAACUGGCGAAUUGACAAAACUCACAAAUCGCUGGUGGUACGACAGAACAGAAUGCAGACAGGGAGACAAGCAAGAUGCAUCCAGAAACGAAUUAUCCUUAAGCAACGUAGCAGGAAUUUUUUACAUCCUAAUCGGUGGACUCCUCGUUGCUCUGGCAGUGGCUCUUCUUGAAUUUUGUUACAAAUCGCACACAGAGGCGACCAGAGCAAAGAUACCACUGUCAGACGCGAUGAAGGCAAAAGCACGACUAACAAUCGGGGGCGGCCGCGAUUUCGACAACGGCCGGUACUACGCACCGGCCAACGCUAUCGGCAAUGCCGAGGGCGACCAGGUGCACAGCAAUACGCAUACCCAAGUAUAAGUUCUACGGGUACUUCACCAGGUACUUCGGGUACUUCGCCUGCGAUGUCCCUACCAACGCCACCUCCGCCACCGUUACUAGCACUACCACCGCCACCGCCACCUCCACCACCUCCCAGGCCACGCAGAAGCGUCACGUUUGCCGAGUCACCGCCCAAGAGUCCCAAGGUGAAGCGUAUGCUGAGCAUCUCGACGCUAGACGUCGAUCUUCCCUGGACGCCCGCGACGCCAGGCUUCUGGUCUAAGCGCAGCGAAGCCGCUGGCAAGCCAGAAUACAUCACGUGAAGAGGAUGGUCCAAUCUAAUUGAUUUCUCACCCUAAUCAGAUGCUGCUAGAUAAAUUGACCGUGGACCCGUCCGUCCCGACGCAGUUUACUCCAGAUAGAAUAGAGGAACCGGGCCUGGCCCCCAAAAUAAUAUAUCCGAAGUUACGUGAUUGCGCUUAACUUACUGUUAGAAAGAGCACACGAAUCUUUCAAUCGACCCGACAACAUCCGGGUUAGCCGAGGUACAUUAGGUAUUUUGGUACAUUAGGUCGUCAAAAUUCACAAGUAUAACUGCGAUCAAACUUCGUAUAUUAUUCAGACGUUGUACUGUAUAGGUAAAUUCGAAAAUUUCUAGGUGGAUUAGAUAAUACACGGAAGGUCGAGUGGCUGCGCGGUGAUCGGCGGUCUCACGAUAAUAAAAAAAUCUUUGUACAUUGUAAAUAAUUGUAAGGAAAAAAAAUAAGAAAAAAAAGGGACGGGAGAAGCGAAGAGGGAGAAAUCAAAAAUAAUUUUGAAAGAAAAAAUUGAAUCGAUAGUAUGAUGGUCCUGGGGUGGGUGCAUGUGCAACCAGCAACUCAAAUUAUUUUAACUGCCAUUUCGCAAACGGCGAAGACGCAUAGCGGAAAUGCUUUGAGACAAGGACUCGAUUAAUUGACGCCAAACGAAGCAAUUGCGUGCCAAAAGUAUAAUCCAGAAGACGAAUAAACACGAGAAGCGACAACGCGAUAGACGAUUGAAGAAGACGAACUAUGGAACAUAACAAUAACUAUAACUUUUGUGCGUCAGUGCAAUUUUUGUGCAGUGAGAACACGAGAAGUUUGUGUAACUGUAAUAACGUUACAUUGAAAAAUUUUUAACUAAUAUAAUAAUCGUAAUGAGAGCGCGAGUGGAUAUAGUAUAGUCGUUUACUAAUAAUGGGUGCGUUUAUGGUAUAUAUGUAUGAUGAGAGAUGUUGAGAGCAUUGGAUUAUGUUUAUUGUAAAUGUUAAUUAUAAUUAUAAAUGCCGCAUUCGUGCCAAUCCGUUGAUGAUAUAUUGUAUAACUAAUAGACGUGAUGAGGCAAAAGUUUAGUAUUAGUAUUUUUAUUGUAUACAUAAACAGUUUUUUAUGGACAAUGUUUUAGCGCAAUACGCGUCUUGUUGAAGCCACCGAUCGUCACGAUAUCCUCCAGCGAUUACGAACGUUGAGCGCGCUCGUUUUUGCACUAGACUAAUUAACGCAUUGGCCCAUUACGUACGUUCAAUGAGUACCUACGUUUAAUUAAGUACAGCAAUUCUUAAUAUUGCCUAUGCAAAGUGCAUUCGCUGGUACGCGUAAUGGCAGACACCGCAAUACGGAUUGGCACGGAUUCGUCUAAGGAUAAACAUUAUGGCCAAGAUUAACGUGCCAAAAGGACGAUACUAGAAGCUGUGUCUAAUAUUACGAGGAAACUUAAUUAGGAAAACAUAAAAUUCAUUUCGGAAAAUUAUUUAAGUUUCGUACAAUUUUUUUUUAUGUGCAUACGUAUCUAUGUCCACGUAACAUCAGACCAAGCUGCGCUAAAGAAAUCCAACUGAAAAAAUAUGCUGCAAUGUACAAAACUGAAACCACGAGCAUAUAUUUAAGGUGGAUUCACUAUAUCUGGGAUAUCGAUAUAUUUCAGUUGAUAUUGCGUAAUGUGACUUUCGGUUAUUAAAAUUUUCAUUAAAACGGCAUCCGCUUUGCGAAUCCCAAAAAAAGAUCGCCCGGCUGCGUAUACGUAUGAAGAUGCAUGCAUACGCGUCGCAACUUUUCUCUUUGAAGAUACGACGAAGGAAAAAUUGGUCACCGAUCAUAACGUAAAGCAACGUUGUACCUAGCACGGCAGUUUUGUACGCAGCAGUGUAAAACCGAUCUAUCAUAUCGUCAGUUUUUACUUAUUACAAUUAAUGAUACUACCGAUAAAUACAAUAAAUAAGUAUAAAGUAAAUCAUUAAUAUAAUAAUUGACUAUGGUGCGUAUAACGUUGAAAGGAUGAAAAUUCUUGGAGACAAGACUACGUUGCUACGAUGUUGACCCAAUGUGAUUGACCUACUAUGUUAAAAGUAAUUAAAUCAAACCACUGAAAUGAAAUAAUUAAAAUGCGGUAAUACGACAAAGACUUCAUUUGCGCAAUAUAACGACCGAUAAGUUGCUAUACAUAUAUCCUUUCGUGUUAGCAUUCGACUUUCGACUUCGUUGUCGAAUUUCUAUCCCAGAAUCAUUUUGGUCGCACAAUCCAGUCCCAACGCCGUCCUGGCAUCAUAAAAAAAUGAGACUAUCAAUUUUUACCUAAUGAUCGUUAAUUUCAAUAAUCGAAUUCACAUUGGAAUCCAAUGAUAAGCGCGUUAUACGAUGAUGAGUUGUAAUUCUUAAAUCGUCCAUCGUCAUAUAUGUGAUCGUGAGGAGCGCACAAAGCGUCACAAUAAUUAUCGAUUCCUAUAAGGAACCUUGUGCGGUUUACCUUAAUUCGACGGAUUCUGAUAUCGAAUUAAUAAAAAAAAAGUCCAUGCCAAUUGAUUACUGUGUUCUCGUUGAUUGUAAACAUUUUUCAAUUUACUGUACGCAUCCUCGUUAUUCGUAAAAUCGUAUUCGCCUUGCUAAUACGAUUGUGUGGCAAUAUACAAAGUUACUACGGUGAUACAGAGACGUAAAUAGAAUGAUAAAAAAGUGGGAAAAAAGUCAUGUGCAGAAUUAACAAAAUAGAGCAGUAUUUAAAAAACAGCGUCUUCCAGCCGGCGACUACAAAAUCCCGUUUUACAUUGUUUUCCUGCGCAUAAUUUAAUUUUAAAUGAAUAUCCAUAAGUUCCCUUUGUCCUCGAACGCGAUGAAAAUGAAAAGAGUCAUGUAAAACGUUGUAAGCCAAUCAAAUUUGCAUAAAUACACGAUCGUUUAUUUAAAUGUAA